AUGGUGGAUGAUGCAUCUGGACACUAUACAUCCGGAUUCUUUUAUGGCAAUAAUUAUUGGAUGGGAUCGUUAUCACUUUGUAAAUCCAUUCACCAUGAAAAUACCGAAAAUAUUUCAAAUGAUGCCACGAAUGCCACGAAAAAUUCUGGACUGCCAUUUGCGAAAGCUCACACACAAGUUUAUAACACUAUUCUCAACGAAAAUCCGCCGUUUUUCCCCAGUUUCUACAUUGUGAAAAUGUUUCUGAAUGAAACGUAUCCCACAAAUUUGACUCGAACUAUUUACAUGGGAUUAUGCUUGCCUUCAUCUUGUUCGAUAGAAGACGUACGUUUAUUGAUGAAAAACGGAACUCCAAAAAUAAAAGCUCGUGAACUGCAAGUGUUAGAUGUCCGCUUGCCUACUAACAGAGAUUUUAACAUUUUUGAGGACAAAACGUUUUGGAUAUUAAUUGUCGUAUCGGCGAUUGUAGGAUUCCUUAUGUUGAUUGGCACAUUCUAUGAGAUCUAUUUAACGCAAAAACUGAAAGAAGCCCUUCGGCGACAGGACAAAGAAAUGAUGAACAGCAGCGAAACUUCUUCUGGCAUUGGCUGUGCAUCGUCUGAUUACAGUGAUUCCAUAGCGCAUGACUCUCUUAAGAAGGAAUCACUCAAUGAAUUAAAUAUUGUUCUAAACUUACCACACAAAGAAGAAGAGGCGAGUGGCAGCAACAGUACUUCUGACGAACAUCUAGAAGGCCAUUUACAUGAAUCUGAAAAACUUAGUGUAUAUUCAGAAAUAUUACUUUCGUUUUCAACUGUAACUAAUUUUAACGCAAUUUGUGACAGAAAUGUUGGAUCAGAUACAAUUCCCUCUAUUCAUGGUCUGCGUGCUCUUUCGAUGGCGUGGGUUAUCCUGGGGCAUACCUGUAUCGUUGUAUUUAAGUAUUCUGAUAAUAUGGGAAUGCGGAAGGAAGUAGAACAAAAUUUUUUCUUUCAAGCGAUAACUAAUGGCCCAUUUAGUGUAGACACAUUCUUCUUUAUCAGUGGCUUCCUCAUAUCGUAUUUAUAUUUUCGUACAAACGCCAAAGGAAAAUUAAAUAAACUUACCCAGGGUAAAAAUGAGCUUUCCGCAGGAUUCGCACACUUCAUGGGGUUGGUAGCAUACAGAUUUAUGAGGUUAACAGCACCAUAUAUGUUUGUAUUAGGCGUAGUGCAAGUAACAAUGAAAUAUUUAGCAACAUACUCCAUCUUUGACCCUCCCACUAUGGACCACAUUACUUGUCCUCAAUAUUGGUGGCGUAACUUACUCUAUAUAAACACAUUGUUUCCUGUUGAUGAUAUGUGCAUGUUAUGGAGUUGGUACUUGGCGAACGAUACACAGUUUUAUAUUAUUGGAGUGGUGAUCCUUAUUAUUGGUGUGCGUCAUUUUAAAUUUUCGGCAUUCACCACAAUUGUAUUUCUGGUGUCUUCGUGGAUUACAACUGCAGUUAUUGCAUUUAGUAACAAUCAUCGUCCUGAUACCGACGACCCCUUAGCACUUUUCGACAAAAUAUACGACAAACCCUGGACUAGAUUGGGUCCUUACUUAAUAGGUAUGGCAGUUGGUUGGAUACUAUUUCGAACAAACUGCAAAUUGCGUUUACAUAAACUCACAGUAGCUACGGGAUGGAUAUUAGCAAUGUUAAAUCUUUUUGUAUUAAUAUUUGGACUUUAUCGCGCACAACUAUCUCGACUUAUUGCUGCGGCGUACAGUUCGCUAAGUCAUUCAGCGUGGGCACUAUCACUAGCUUGGAUCACAAUAGCGUGUUCAACUGGAUACGGAGGUUACAUAAACACAUUUUUAUCUGCAUCCUGGCUAUAUCCUUUUUCCAGAGUGACUUAUUGUGCAUACUUAGUGCACCCAAUUGUCAUACGAUCAAUGGCGCUAAAUUCAGAUGCACCACUGCACCUUGGCGGCGACACAAUGGUUGUGAUGUUUUUCGGAUUAGUUGUAGCGUCAUAUCUACUUUCUUUUAUUGUUUCGAUAUCAUUUGAAGCGCCUGUUGUUACUAUGCUGAAAAUAUUGUCUCCUAGUCGAAAGAAGCGUAUCGCUUAACUUAUUGCCUCAGAAUACUCUUCGGAAUAGGAUUAAUGUUCAUUAAAACAAAUUAAAUUUUUUUUGUAAAUAGAUUUAUUCGACUACUUAAAUCAUAAUAUUCUCUCAUAUGUAUAAUCGUGAUAAUCUUAUAAGAACGAAAUCUAUUUAUCAAUCAUUUUCAUUUUUCACUUUAAAAUUUUUUAUAGCUUUACAUUUCUCAUUUAAAUUCUCCGACAAAUAUUAUAUUAUUAAUAAUUUAUUCCAAAGGACACAAAUGCUUGCUAUUUGUGAAUACGACUCAUGUCAUAUGUACUAACUUCAAUUUGAUAUAAAUGCUUUAAUUUAUAAACACAUUGUACAUCUUUGUAAAAUAAAACUUAAAUAAAUAUUUAAUUAAUACAUAAUAUAAGCAGAUGAUUGUUUCGAACGGGCUAAGUAAACGGAAUACAGAGGUUAUAACACAAAAGUUCACAAUAUUUUGUGAUGAAUUGUUAAAGAGACCUGACAAGAAAAAAUAUAUAGAAAUAUAGAGCUAUAAAUAUAAACUCUAUAUAAAGAAGAUUAUGUAUUAGUAAACUCACUUAGAUACAACACAGUCUUUUCUCAGAUGAAUACAAAAAUAAAAAUUUUAGUAACGUGUUGUUGUUGUAAAUUUUAAAAAAUUUACAUUUUUAUACUUUAAGAGGAAAUAUAACUAUUAUUGUUAUUAUGCAUGUACAUCCAUGUUGAGAUUUUUGGUAUUUUUGAAGAUGCAACAAAUUCGAAAUAUGUUUUAAAAUGUUACUGUGCAUUGUGCUUCUGCUGCCCGUUGCUUCUGGAAUUCGACAAAGCGACCGUUUAAACCCUAUAUUGUUCAGAUAUACAGAAAAACUUUGUAUGAGUGAAUUGUUUAUUUUAUAACUUUUAGGAAGACAGUUUCUAUGUAA